GGUUAAAAUGCAUUUCCAGAAUAGAGUUCAGAGAAAGGCUGGGCUGCUAGUUGCUGGUUUAAGGACAAAGGGUAAGUUUCAGGAAGCAGAAAGCAAGCGGAUGAAAUUCAGCACUGGAAUCAGGGGAGUGUCUGAUUUGCAAAAGGAAAACGAAAAGACAGCUCCUCCCUUCCGAGAAAACGAAACCAACAGCAGCCCAGGCUCAGUCAGCAGAAGAGAUAAAAGUGAACAGGUCUGGGAGCCAGUUCUGUUGCCACUGUCUCUCCUGUCGAUGAUGGAUCUCAGAAAAACCCCAGCCAAAUCUCUGGACAAGUUCAUUGAAGACUAUCUCUUGCCAGACACGCGUUUUCGCAUGCAAAUCAACCAUGCCAUUGACAUCAUCUGUGGGUUCCUGAAGGAAAGGUGCUUCCGAGGUAGCUCCUACCCUGUACGUGUGUCCAAGGUGGUAAAGGGUGGCUCCUCUGGCAAAGGCACCUCCCUCAGAGGCCGAUCUGACGCUGACCUGGUUGUCUUCCUCAGUCCUCUCACGACUUUUCAGGAUCAGUUAAAUCGCCGGGGAGAGUUCAUCCAGGAAAUUAGGAAACAGCUGGAAGCCUGUCAAAGAGAGAGAGCAUUUUCCGUGAAGUUUGAGGUCCAGGCUCCACGCUGGGACAAUCCCCGCGCGCUCAGCUUCGUGCUGAGUUCGCCCCAGCUCGGGGAGGGGGUGGAGUUCGAUGUGCUGCCUGCCUUUGAUGCCCUGGGUCAGUUGACUGGCGACUAUAAACCUAACCCUCAAAUCUAUGUCGAGCUCAUCAAGGAGUGCGUCGACCUACGGAAAGAGGGCGAGUUCUCCACCUGCUUCACAGAACUACAGAGAGACUUCCUGAAGCAGCGCCCCACCAAGCUCAAGAGCCUCAUCCGCCUAGUCAAGCACUGGUACCAAAAUUGUAAGAAGAAGCUUGGGAAGCUGCCACCUCAGUAUGCCCUGGAGCUCCUGACAGUCUAUGCUUGGGAGCGAGGGAGCAUGGAAAGAGAUUUCAACACAGCCCGGGGAUUUCGGACGGUCUUGGAAUUAGUCAUAAACUACCAGCAACUCUGCGUCUACUGGACAAAGUAUUAUGACUUUCAAAACCCCAUUAUUGGAAAGUACCUGAGCAGGCAGCUCAGGAAACCCAGGCCUGUGAUUCUGGACCCGGCGGACCCUACAGGAAACCUGGGUGGUGGAGACCCAAAGGGUUGGAGGCAGCUGGCACAAGAGGCUGAGGCCUGGCUGAAUUACCCAUGCUUUAAGAAUUGGGAUGGGUCCCCCGUGAGCUCCUGGAUUCUGCUGGCUGAAAGCGACAGUGAAGACGAUGAGUCCUACGAUCCCAGGAUGUAUCAGCAACAUGGUUACAUCCAAACAUAUGAGUGCCCUCAUUUCUCUCAAAGCCCCAGCACACUCCAGGCAGCAUCCACUCGACAGGCAGAAGAGAACUGGACAUGCACCAUCCUCUGAAUGCCAGUGCAUCUUAGGGAAAAGGGCUCCAGUGUUAUCUGGACCAGCCCCUUCAUUUCCAGGUGGGACGCUUGAUCCAGAGAGGACAAAUGUCCUCAGUGAGCUGGUGUAUAAUCCAGGACAGAACCCAGGUCUCCUGACUCCUAGCCUUCUAUGCCCUCUCUCCUAUCAUAGAUAACAUUCCCCACAGCCUCGCCUCGUUCCACCUAUUCUCUGAAAAUAUUCCCUGAGAGAGAACAGAGAGAUUUAGAUAAGAGAAUGAAAUUCCAGCCUUGACUUUCUUCUGUGAACCUGAUGGGAGGGUUAUGUCUACUGUAUUAUCAAUAACAAUAAAAAUAAAGCAAAUACCUUUUA